CACAAAAUGAACCAACCAAUGCAUCGAUAGAUGUAUACGGUGGACACGUGCAUGCUGAGUGAAAAAUUAGUCAGUCAAGUCAAUCAUCCGGCCACUUGACGAACACAGAGAAACACGCAGAGCUUAAAUUCAUUGCCCGACUUCAUCCAUAACACGCAUCAAGCGAGAACGGUCCUCAAGGCUGCCUGUCGCUCUGCCUCCCUAUCUAUCGCCUCCCCUUCCCUCUCCCCCGCAGCCGGCCCACUUGACCCACUACUACUCUCAAUGAAAGCGAUCAUCUCGUCAGCGGUGGUUUGUCCAUACUCAACACAGUCGCCGAUGGCCACGCCACACUUGAAGUUGCCACCUGCGAUAGGCAAUCACACACACGGUGAGCGUGUGAGUGGGUUACUGGUGCUUCAUCUCUCGUUUGUUCUUCAAUCACUCACCGACGAAGAGCCCCGGCACUUGGGCGAUCCCCUCUUCGGCCUCGGCGAGCAGCUCCAGGUGGCCCUUCUCGAAUUGCGGGAUGGCGCGGGGCCACACCUUGACGCCCAGCACUCGCGGCGGAGGCGCGUCAUCCUUCAACAGAAUCCUCUUGAUGUCUUGAUGCACCUACAACCACACACACACAGAUGUAUGGGGAGACAGGUGCAACGUGUCUGUCUGUUGCAUCGUGACCUGUUCGGCGAUUUGUUUGGGUGUGAGUUUGUUGAUGUCUUCGUCUUGCCGCCCGCCGAUGUACGAGUUGGUGAGCUCCAUGCCAUCGGGGCUCCUGUAGGGGAAGAGGCUGCUCGUCCAUAUCGUGCCCAGCGUCCGGAUCUUGUUCGCCCUCGGGAUGAGGUGGCCGAACCCGUAGAACCGCCGCCGCAUCGACGAUGAUGGGUACGCAAGAGCCACUGCAGCCACCGGCGGGUAGGCGAUCUCCUCAUACCGCUCCACUUGUGGCACCAUGUCCUUCAGCAGCCUGAGCAUGAGAUACAUAUCCAAAGGAGAGGGAAUGUCUGUCUGCUCACGGACGGAUGCUUUCGAGACUCUGUGACUCGUCAGCUCACUUGGCUGUGGCUGCUGCAGGUGUGGUGACAGCGAGGGCCUUGGCGUUGACGAUCCUUGUGCCGAAAGGGGUGUUGAAGAUGGCCCGGAAGCCGCCGUCGGGCAGCCUCUCUAUCUUGUCAACAGUCCAGCUGGUGCGGACCCUCUGAGGGCCCAUCCUCUUCUCAACCGCCUCACAGAGCAUCUUCAGUCCCUGAUGUAUGACGGAGAGGCGACACUUCGGGCUGUACACAAGUGCUGCUGCGCACAUGAUACGACUUACGUCUCGGAAAGAGCCCAGUUGUCCCGGUUUGACCUCCGGAAGAUCUGCGUCGGGGGGAUUCUCCUUUCUCUCCUGUGCCCGCUGCCUGAGCCGCAGGAUGGCUCCAUCAAGAAGACCCGGGCCACCCAUCUCCUGCAGAUUGUAGAUCCUCUUCAGAGCAGCCCUGACACGUACCCGCACGAGCCACAAGGAGAUGAGAGCCGACAGGCGUGCGAGUCCAUGCACUUGUCACCUCAUUGACAGGUUUGUGGGGUCGCCCGCGUACACUCCCGACACGAACGGGUCGAUGAGCUUCAUGAACGCCUCCUCACCCAAAUGACGCGACACAAACUCCCUUAUGGACUCCUCCCUACACAGCGCACACCAGGUAAGUAAUGUUUCGUUCUCUCUCAUGUGCCCGUCCUCCCAUGCGUGUUGACUCACUCUGUCGGUUUCGGAGGUACGAAUCCCAGUGCACCGAGGCCAGCCCGGAUCUUGCCGGGCCAAGAGAGAAGAUUAAAUGUGGGCAGGUCACCCAGACCGCCGGGGAGCUUGUACAGCUCCUCCUCCCAAAACACCCACCGUGGCUGCGAGCCAUCUGCACACACGCACAGGACAGGCAGGACCCAUUCAAAGUGCAUUCAGUCGUGAGCACCCGUCUGGCUGCUUGCAGUGGUUGGCUGACCGGCGAGUACGAGUUGGUCUUUCAAGCCGACAUCGGUAGCGAGUCGGAGGAUGGCAUCGUUGGGCUGGAAGGUGUUGGGUCCCUCCUCCCAUAUGAACUUGCCAUCCGUCCUCGAGAUGAUGUUGCCGCCCACCUUGUCACGCGCCUCAGUCACCAGCACAUCUGCUCCCUUCUUGAACAGACUCCACCCCAGGCUGCACCCAGUCAGCCCGCCUCCAACCACCAACACGUCGGUUUGCUCCUCGCCGUUACCGCCGAUGCUGCUGAUCAGUGACUUGAAUCUGUCCACUCCGUCCCAUGCUGCUCUCACAGAUGUCCGAGGCGGCCUCUGUGGCCGGCUAUGCGUUGGCAAGAUGAAUGCUGCCUUGCCAGCGGCAGCGGCGAUCUCCAGUACUGCAACCAGCAACACAGAGAUCCGCAUCUUCUGGCGAGAGAGCGGUUUCACGGAAUGUCCUAAGCGGCCUGACGGCCAAGUCCCAUGUCUUUCACGCACAAUCAAACGACGACACGCAACAGGAAUCACCCACGCACGCUCCACAUGCACAGAGGAACCCAAGGAACACACUCACGAGGCCUCCAGACCGACACCCACGGCCGGCCGCUGAAUACGAGUCGUUUGCUGGACUAAGUCGUAGAUCUGGCCGAGUCGCUCCUGAGAUGCGCCACCCCGGGCCUCCCCCACGCCGCAGAGCCGUCCCCCCUCGGCGCCGGAAGCUCCAUCCGCUAGAUACGGGUCAGUUGCAGGAUGGGAACCCCUCGACUCCGCUCGAAAGACGACUCCGUUCGGGUGCGCGUCGUCGGCGGAUCCCUGCCGCGCCUCGACUCGAGGACGGGCAGGAAGAAGUGACAUCGUCACUUCAUCGCCAAGUAGCGUGGAUCGGGUUGAAUCUUCU